GCUCAGUCGUCGUAGGCGUGGCAUGCGACCACGACGCGAUAUUAUAGCCAACUCACGGAAAUUAACCGACCUAGAGGAAUCUGUUCUUACUUGAUACAUCCUUGACCUAGCUAUAAAGGGAUUUCCUCCCCGAGUGUCUAUGGUUGAAGAUAUGGUUUGGAAUAUAUGAGAGGCUAUUGAGAACUUUUGGUUUUAAAUCGUGGUGCUUUGGGUGGUUACAAGAUUUUAAGGAGAGGAGGUGAUUUGUCGCACUGAUAUACGAAGCCUGACUGUCUCACAAACUAUAUGAUAUCUAUUGAAACCUAGCCAACCGCAACUACAUUCUCAGCACAGCUACAGUAUAUCCAUAGCCCUCUUAAGCGAUUAACUUCCUCUCUUCAAUUGUCCCUUUUUGAACGAACAAUAAUAUCCGGGAAGCCAUGUACAAUACCCGGAAAUGGUCCUUUACCGAGCAGAGGCAAGCCAUCAACAACGUUGACCAUAGGAUCGACCACUGCUGCUAGCUCUAUCCUGGUCAGUUGAGGACUUGGGAGGCGAAUAACGGGGAUGAUGAGGAGAAUCGCGAGGUGGGGUUGCAUGUUUCUGUGGGAUGAUCCAUAAGCUUAAAUCAGGGAACUAGUGUCUCAUGACACGCUUAAUAGCGCUUCUAUUAUCAGACAUCAUGAUUUGUUGGUAAAGGGUAACAGGACCCCAAAUUGGAAUAUGCAGGCUGGUCUGUGACUGAUAGAAGAUGGUCUCACUCUCAAAGUAGCCCUCGCCAACCAAAGUUCAGCUGUGUCUCACCCACAAAGCAGCCGCGAUCGCCGGGAUCACCACCCAUUGUGCUCUUUGGGCAGCAUGGCAAGCCUAUUUUGGCGCUUGCCUAUAAAGCUAAUGGCGGAUGGCGUUAAUGCGCCAGAAUGACUGUGGUGUGUAACCGCCAUUCUCUUUCCCUCAACAAAUAUGAUAAGAGUAUUGAGUAACGUGACUACGAUACUUUUGGUCCGAAUUCUGCCCGACUUUCGCGUUGACCGCCUUCCAAUUCCACCAUGCUAUCUGAAUGGUAAGCUACUUGGUGACAAGGGCGUCAUUUAUGUGUUAAGGCCAAGCCUGAUGCAAUCAGUCACGACCUCCAACGUCCAACGUCCAACGUCCAACGUCCAAACUCUCCUCUCACUCCCCAUCAACUUCAAUAACUUCACGUACUCGCGAUAUUCGUGGGUUAUUUUCUCUCAUUUCACCCCAGCUUGAAAUAUUCCUAUAUCCAGAGCAUCUAUAGGUGCCAUCAGCCUCGUUGACCGCAGGAUGACCUUUAUCUAAUCGGAGUGGGCUGUUCAAGUACGGAUCGAGUGCCAGCUCGUCCUGUUUCCGUAUCCUUCUCCGCGGCGGAGGUAGACCUGAUGCAUAUGGAUCUCUGAUCCACGGCUGUCAAUACACUCAUUGUCUGCCGUGCCCGUUUCGUGCUUAUCCUCACUGCGGCGCCAUAUAACGAAGUUCGACAUCGAGCCCCCAAUAUCAACUUUCUACGCCCACAAAGAGACCAUGGGCUGCUGCGCCUCUCGUGCCGCGGGCACAUACCCCGCGUCCCCCUCAGCGCAGCCGAACUCCUCUCGCGCAGCCAUAAACACCACCACAGCCUCCAACACAGCCCUACCACGCCCCUCAACACACACCAGCACCUCCCACCACCGCCCCCUAAACGAGCGCUUCAACGUCCCCCUCCGCACGCACGCGUGGACAGCCCGGAAGUCCAAGCCCUGGACGCGCGCCAAGCUGGACCGCGAGCGAAUCGCCUUCUUCGACACGCGCGUGACCGGCCGGCCCGAGAUCUGGGGCGCAAUCCGUGCAGCGGUGGGGGAACUACAUGCGGAGGCUAAGAAUGGUUGGGGGGGCGGGGGUUACGCGACGGCGCAGAGUAUUAUUGAUGCUGCGGGCGCGACGCUGCCGACGGGGGACUUGGCGGAUGGGGUUUAUGAUGCGCUAGGGGCGUACUAUGGGACUCCGGAGUGGGUGGUUUGUGACCCUGUUAAUGUGGCGGAAGAGGGAGUGGAGGCGGAGGGGGUGGAGGUGGAGGAUGAGGAUGAUGGGAAGGGAAAGGGGGUGGUGGCGGAGCGAGAGACGGUUAAGGUCACGACGCGGUUGAGCGAGCGUGGGGGUAUUGAUGUGCGGGUUCGCAUUGGCUGUGGGGAUAGUGUGAAGACACUGGCGCGCAUGGUUGCGGAAGGAAGUGACCUACCGCCGCAGAAGCACGUCAAGAUUGCUUAUCUAGGCAAGAUCCUGCGUGAGAAUGAUACCCUGGUCGCGCAAGGCUGGAGGGAAGGGCAUAUUCUUAAUGGACUUGUUUUUGGCUGAACCACUUGGCCCGCCUCGCACAAAGAUCCUUCUCGCACCAAAGCACAGUUUCGGCUUUAACGAGACUAAUAAGUUCUGCGGGUGGCCUGCAGCGAUGGGAUGGAGGAAAUAGUACAUGAAGGGAGCGAGGGACGUGCUUUGGUUUGAUACCCCUGGUUUCAAGCGCUGCGAGAUUUAUGUUUGCUUAGCGGUUUGUUUUUGGGAUGGUAUUUUGUUUUGAAGUUCCUUCAUAAUGAGGUGAAGCACACAUCUUGCCUAAUAGCGAGUACUUAAUAAUAUUUUCAUUGCAAC